UUUCGCUACAGUCUGACCGUAUUCUUGUUUUGACCUCCGGUCUCUGCUCCAGCUGUCAGACUCACGCCACGGGCUGCGGGAUUCUACUGGGAGCGCUGAGAAGUACCAUAUAGUUUCGGGCACGUCCUUGAUCUCAACCGUUGGAGCUGUGUUGUCCAAGAGUCCAACUCAGUCAUAUUCCCCAACGAUCCACAGAGGGGACCACUUUGCUGGCCUUUCUGUUGCCACGUUUAUUUGACGACGCUUUUUAAUCUUCAUUCAUUCUCUCUUCAGGCACUCUCCUCAUACACCUGUUCCUGGAAGACGCGCGCAUCAUGCCCGCCAUACCACCGUCUCCCCUGAGACAAUCCCACCGCCGUAGCUACUCCCACUCCAGCAACGACUUCUCUGACGAAUAUGCCAUGAACGGUUUCCAGAGUCCGCCUCGCUCGCCUAGGUCACCGCGAUCCUCUGGCCCUCCGUCUCCGUCGACCCCGCGCCAGCGCAACAUACGAGGACUGAACGGUUCCAACAGAGUCUCGGGUGACUACUCACUGUCAGCAAUUGCGGAUGGAGACACAGGAGGUGGCGAUGGCGGCGGCGGCGGUUUGGGGAGUCUCGCCGAUGAACUCGCAGAUGCAUGGGAAGAGGAUGAAGAGGAUGGUUACGGAUAUGCGUCUGGCAUAGAGAAUGCUCCAGCGGAACCGCAGCGCAAUGACAGUGAAGGCGAAGGAGAGGAUGGAUACAUAGAGAAGACAGACAUGCGAGGAACAGCAACGUUGGAUACUGGCAUUGCCGCGUCCCCUGAGCGCACAGUCCAUCAACAACAUCUAAAGCAGAGGUUGCGGAACGGACAUAAUCGGUACCGGCGACAUGAAUCGUCCUACGACGGUUCGGACUACGGGAAUGAUUCGGAUCUGGAAGAAGCAGCGGACAUAUCGCCAGGUCUGGAGAAUCAGAUGGCUGAGGUUGAGAGCUUGGCGAGACGAGGUUUGGAGAAUAAUGGAAGCGAAAACGAUCAUGUCGUUAAACGGACUGUUGAGAGUCUGAGGGAACUCGGUGCACAAAGUGCGAUUGAGAACAGUGCAAUGAGACUCAUCACAGCUCACACCUCCAUCGCAUCCCAUCUAACGUCUCAAACUCGUGCUCUUCAAACUCUCGCCCAUCCCCUUUUAUUGUCUCAUUUACCUCUCCUCUCCACAGACGCCGUUGAUUCUCUCAUCCCUCUCAUAGAUGAAGGUCUUCUACCGAACCUUCCAUACCCUUAUCCAAGCCCACAACAACAGCAACAGCAGUCCUCGAGACCAGCAACACCCUCCUCGCAAUCUUCCUCUCUCCUCGACCCUCUCGCCUCUCUGCAAGCGCUCAUCACACAGACAGCCGACCUCAACCAUUCUCUUCGCGGAUUAAGCGACACCCUUUAUGAAGCACGCCAGCUGACCUCCACCGCCUCACGACGAUUACGGUCUGCACGGGAACUAGUUGCCGAACUACGCCGCGAGGAGGAAGGCCGGGAAGAAGGCACGCGCUGGAUCGAAAGGGGCGAUUGGGACCGCCGAUUAAGGGAGCGAGAAGCCGGUCGAGUCUGUGGAGAGGUAGUUAGCGGAUUUGAGGAGGUCUGCGGGCAGUGGAGGGAAAGACUUUUCGGCACUGCUGCUGCUCCUGCGGGGACGGAGGCCGUCGCUGGUUGAUUGGUUUUAGAUGAACCCUUUUUUCUUCUUACCUUUCUCCCUUUUCUCUUCCUUGUUGAUUCUAGGGUUUUGUGCCCGAACUAUACUGCACGGCUCCUCAUUCUGAUUCUUCUUUUUUAAUCAUUACUUUUUUUUUUCUUCUUUCCCCCUUUCCGAACAUACGUUCAUACAUACACACAUACCCCAGCGUAAUACAAUUUUGUGAGCACUGCAUAGACACAUACAGAACAGACAGAACAGACAGAACAGACAUAGAUGGAUGUUUCUUCCCUCCUAACACUACCUGUGUUAACUGGCAAUUAAAG